AUGACCGAAGCUCUGCCAGUACCGCUGCCUCCACAGGAUGAAAAGAGCAAGCUCUCAGCAUCUUCGUUCUCGGUUGUCUCCCCCCACGGCGAUGACUAUGUCUCGAUCGACCCAGCGAUGGAAAGGCGCAUCAGACGGAAGUGCGACGUUCGAGUGGUACCGCCGACUUUGAUCCUGUUCAUGCUGUCCUUCCUGGACCGCGUCAACAUUGGUAAUGCCAACAUCCAAGGACUACCAAAAGACUUGAAUCUCAUUGGCCAUCGGUUCAACGUCGCUCUGUUGAUGCUGUUCAUACCUUUCAUCUUGUUCGAGAAUCCCAGCAACUUGAUCAUGAAGCGGUUGAAGCCUUCGACAUGGCUGAGUGCACUUCUGUUCGGCUGCGGCAUCAUGAACAUGUGCAUGGGCUUUGUCAACUCGUACGCUGCUCUCGUUGGUGUUCGCGUUCUCCUAGGCAUUUUUGAAGCUGGUCUAGGACCUGGCUCAAUCUACCUGAUCACGAUGUACUACCGGCGAUAUGAACUACCGCAGAGACUUUCCUGGUGGUACUGUUCUGGCAUUGUCGCCGGUGCGUUUGGCGGACUUCUCGCGUAUGCGAUUGCACAUAUGGACGGCAUCCAAGGGUAUAGCGGCUGGCGAUGGAUCUUCAUCCUCGAAGGCCUCGUGACAGCGAUUGUUGGCGUCGGCAUGAAAUUCUGGCUUGUCGACUGGCCGGAAGACUCGGGCUUCCUGGACGAGGAAGAGACGGCUAUCCUUCUCGCAAGGUUGAAGCAGGACCGUGCGGAAGAGGCGACAAUGGACAGAUGGAACACGAAACGUGUAUUCAGCGACUGGAAGAUCCUCCUUGGUACCCUCAUGUUCUUUGGUAUCGUCAACACCAACUACAGCACAAACUUCUUCAUCCCUCAAAAUCUGGUUGAAAUGGGCUACGAGGCCAUCUCGGCUCAGGUUCACACCAUCCCCAUCUACGCAGUUGCCGCCGUCUUCUGUUUAGGCUUCUGCUACAUCAGCGACAAAGUCAAGCACCGCUACGGGUUCAUCAUGCUCGGCGUGCUGGUCGGCAGUAUCGGCUACAUCAUGCUGCUGUGUCAGCGCUCGUUGCCUGUCGGCGCGAAAUACUUCGCGCUCUUCCUGCUGGUCAUAUGUGGCUACAUCGUUCAGCCCAUCUCUGUGGCGUGGCUGAUGAACAAUGUCGGCGGCCACUACAAGCGAGCCUUCGCCUCUGCGGCUCAAAUCGGUUGGGGCAAUGCUGGCGGUAUCGUGGCGAGCAACAUCUACUUCGCAUCGGAAGCGCCGUACUUUGAGACGGGCUACGGAGUCUCCUUCGCUUUGCUGCUGUUCACUGGAGUCAUGGGCACACUUAUGUUCCUGCUGCUGAUCCGAGAGAACAGGAACAGGGCGGAGGGCAAGAGGGACUACAUGUACCAGGCGCCUGAAGCUGACAACUUGGGAGACGAUGCGCCUAGUUUUCGCUAUGCUUAUUGA